AUGCAGACGAAACCUUUGCACGGUGUGAAUCGCCUUACUACAAUUUGGCAUGCUACUAAGCCGCAUGGAUCGAGCCCAACUGGGUCAUCCGGGAUAUGGAUAUACAUCAACAUGUUCGACGCAGACGACACGAUGCUUACGAACAGCGGUGGUACAUACUCAAUGCAAUCAAAAGCACUCCAAAUGUUCACGCAAACUGGCGCAACGGUGCAACCGACGAGGACAUUAUCGUAG